AUUUUUUCACAACUUCACACCCGUUUAAGAAUAAAAUAAUUAAAUCCUAAACCAUGAUUAAGAGAAUAAACUCAAAAUUAAUUACAAUCUUACUGAAUGUGACCUCCUUUUAAAAGCUCCUCCCUAUUGACUUGAUUCCCUAUUGCUCCCUCUCUCUCUCUCUCUCUCUCUCUUGAUCUUUGUGGGCAAUUCUUUGCUUUAGCUUUUGCCAGCAUUGCAGACUCCAAAUGGGCAGGCAUUCUUGCUGUUACAAGCAGAAGUUGAGGAAAGGGCUUUGGUCUCCAGAGGAAGAUGAGAAACUCAUAAAGCACAUAACCAAAUACGGCCAUGGCUGCUGGAGCUCAGUUCCUAAACUGGCAGGUCUGCAAAGGUGUGGAAAGAGCUGCAGAUUGAGGUGGAUUAAUUACCUGAGGCCUGAUUUGAAAAGAGGGACAUUCUCACAGGAGGAAGAGAAUUUGAUAAUUGAACUCCAUGCAGUUCUUGGAAACAGGUGGUCACAGAUUGCUGCACAGUUGCCUGGAAGAACAGACAAUGAGAUAAAGAACCUAUGGAAUUCUUCCAUCAAGAAAAAACUGAGACAAAGGGGAAUUGACCCCAAUACACACAAGCCCCUCUCAGAAGUGGAGAAUAAUAACGAAGAGAAGGCGUCUGCAAACAGCAAAAACAAUGAGAAAACAUCUGAAGGAUCCAGCGAGCUGAGCUUCGUCGACGCCGAUAACUCUAACAACCUCGGACUGGCAGCAGAAAAACCGAAGCCGACUAGUUCUGUCGCCCUGGACCGGUAUUCGCUGUUGGAGAACAGCGCCGGCAGUACCAAUUUGGGCAAUUCUUCAACCCAUGAAUUCUUCCUCAACAGGUUCCAUGAUCAGACCUCCUCCUCCAGCUGUAAUAAGCCUUCUGAUUUGACCGGGUUCCUCUCCUUCCAGCAGAUGAAUUACGGGCCCAACAUCGGGCUUUCCAUGAACCCCAACACAACCCUUUUCUUCAAUUCAAACUCCAAGACUACAGAAAUGAUUUCUGAUCAUUUCAGCGCUAGUAACAUCGCAUCCACUCUUCUCCCCUCAACCUCGAUUCUCUCAGCUCCGGCCCGAAUAAAGCCUUCCAUCAACUUCCCCUCUGACAAUCCUUUCAGUGUGAAAUUUGAGAACUGGGAUUCCUGCACUGUAAGCAACAAUGGCAGAAAUACGGGCAACGUAAGCAGCGCAAGCACUGAUCAGCUGCAGACCAACUGCAGCUUCUUUGAAGCGAAUGCUUUUCCCUGGACAGCUUCGGACUGUGGGAAAGCUGAGAAAGAAGCCCAUAUUGCCUCAUCAGACAGCGAAAUCCCAGAAGACAUCAAGUGGAAUGAAUAUCUCCAAACUCCGUUUUUACUAGGAAAUUCAGGUCAUAAUCCAGGCGUUCAAGAAAUGUACGGAGACACGAAAUCACAGGCGCAGUUUGCAGCAGAAGGUUCUUUAAGCAAUUGGCAUCAUCAAAAUCAGCAGCAACAGUCCUUACAAGCUGCAGAAAUAUACGGGAAGCAUUUCCAGAGGCUCCCAGCUGCCACCUUUGGACAGUUUUCUUAAAUCUUAGCUUAAAUUUCGAUUCCUCCAAGGCUGCUAAUCUCUUCAACAGGUGUGUGCUAUAGAGUUUUAUUCUCAAUCUGUAAAUAGGGACCAUAUACAGAAUCCUCAGCUUCUUGAUACCGACAUUUUUCGAUUUAAAAAAAAAAAAAAAACAAGAAUUGCUCCUGUUUCAUUACCUUUUUUCAUCUUUAAUUUGUGUGUGUGGUUGGUCAUAGAAUAAGUCGUGUUUUUUCGUUUCCUUUUUCCUCCUCUUCAAAUUCGUCUAUACAUGGUUUUGUUAGUUUGUCUAUUA